GUGUUGACCAGCGGACAUGUUCAACGGUCGCACGUUCAUGGAACCGAGGAACUGUCACAUUAGUGCGACUCAGCCAUGGCCAGGAGUGUGAACGCUAAAAUAAUCAUAAUAGGAUGCGGAAUAUCAGGAAUAUCAGCGGCUCACAAGCUCGUUAAAGCUGGAUUCAAUGAUGUGCGGAUACUUGAGGCGACUUCGAGAAGCGGAGGAAGAAUAAAAACAGGCAGACUGGGUGAUAAGAUUGUUGAGAUUGGUGCAAACUGGAUCCAUGGACCAUGUGAGGAGAACCCAGUGUUUCGUCUGGCCCGUCAGUAUCAGCUUCUGGAUCCAGAGGCCCUGACCCCAGAGAACCAGGCCAUGGACAUCGGAGGACAUCCCCCCUGGACUCCAAAUUUCUUUGGCAGUUCAGGUGGGAAGCUGAAUGCUGAGGACAUCUAUCCUGCUCAGCAGAUGUUUCUUGAGCUGCUGAAUGAAAGCUCAGAAUUUCAGGGUCAAAAGGGAGAACCCUGGUCCUGUGUGGGAGACUUCAUACGGUCAGAGGUGCAACAACGAGCCGAGGAACAGUGGAAAGACAUCGAUGCAAACUCCAGAUCUUUACGACUGUGUGUGAUCAGUAACAUGUUGAAGGUGGAGUGUUGUGUUAAUGGGGCUCACAGCAUGGAUGAGGUGAGUCUGGGGGCCUUUGGCCUCUACAAGACUCUACCUGGAAAUGACUGCACAUUCCCUGGUGGUUAUGAAGGUCUCAUCAAAAACUUGAUGUCGGACCUCCCCAGUGGUUUAGUGACCUACAAUCGGCCUGUGCGAUGUGUCCACUGGAACAACACAGAGGAGAGAGGAAACCCUGUCAUGGUCGAGUGUGAUGAUGGGGAAAGGAUUGCUGCUGAUCAUGUUAUUUGCACUGUACCUUUAGGAUACCUAAAGAAGCACCAUUCAACACUGUUCCAUCCUCCUCUACCUCUACACAAGCUGUGCUCCGUCCAGAGGCUGGGUUUUGGAACCAACAAUAAAAUAUUUGUGGAGUUUGAUGCACCUUGGUGGGAUGCUGACUGUGAGGUCAUCUGUCUCGUGUGGGAAGAUGAGGAUGCCAUGGUGGAUGAGGUGCCAGAUGUACAGAGAUCCUGGAUAAAGAAGUUGUUCGGCUUCACUGUUCUCAAACCCACUGAAAGGUAUGGCCAUAUUCUCUGUGGCUGGAUUGCUGGGCAUGAGUCAGAGUAUAUGGAGACACUGAGUGAACAGGAGGUCACACAAGCAGUCACACAACUUGUUCGCAGGUUUACAGGAAACCCGACCGUCACUCCAAAGAGAGUCUUCCGCUCCCAGUGGUUUCAUGACCCCUGGACCUGUGGAUCCUACACUCACCCUGGAAAAGGGUGUUCAGAGCAGGACCUGGACAACAUGAUGGAGCCCCUGCCAUCGAAAGGAUCGCAGUCGCAACCACUACAGGUGCUGUUUGCUGGAGAGGCUACUCAUCCCUGCUACUUUUCAACCGUCCAUGGAGCCGUUCUCACUGGCUGGAGAGAAGCUGAUAGACUCAUCUCUCACUACUCCUCCGUUCGUCCAUCCGAGCUUCGCAAGUCAAAGCUUUGAAUAAACAUUGCUGCUCUGAAAUUCGUCAGAUUUACUGUAACAUAUGCAUAAACCUAUGAUGUCUGAGUUCAUGUGAACAGCCACUGUCACACAGUAAUGUUUAGAAGCGGCUGUUUCAAUCUAAUACUUUAAAAAUUAAGAUACAGCUUUACAUAUUUAGAAAUAGACAGGCAAUUUUAAAUACAGUAUCUGGGAACACAUGCUGUAAUCCCGUAUAUAAAUCAAUACCGAUAAAAUUUCCCUUUGGAACUUCAUCGUAUUCGGACCGAUUGAAUUAAAUGUGAUUUUAAACUUUCCUCUUUGCCUUUUGGAUUUCUGUGGUUGAAGUUAUUGCACUUAACUAUGAAUAAAUGAUCAGCUAUUUUUUCACA